GGGCGGGAGACGGAACAAAAGCGCCUUUGUUGAGCGGCUGCAGCCGGAGGGUCACACACAAUGGAGGGAGCCGGCUCCGCCGCCGCCGCCGGGCCCGCCGCGGCGCCCUCCCGAGCAGCCCCGCCGGCGCGCCCUGCACACGUACACACACAUACUCACGGGACUUCUCCGACUCAUCGAGGGAGUGCGGGGCCCACGGACAGCCCCCUGUGUCGGCUCAGGUCUCCGGCUGUGCUGGCGGCAGCGGCGUCUCCGAGGCUCUCGCUUUGCCGCAGUCGCCGCCAUGUAACCCCGACCCGCGAGAGAGGGCGAGGAAGGGGGGCGGGGUUUCCAGGAGCCACGCCCUCUCACGUCACAGGCUCACUCCACGGGUGCCCCCGCCCCCGCCCCUGCCCCAGACCAGCCCCGCGCGCCGGCCGGCGCCGGAAUUUCCAACGUCGGUGUUUGGGUUCCGCGUGGUGCAGGGGCUGCAGGAGAGGCACGCGGGCUCGUCAGGCGUCUCGCGUGGGGUGGGGUGGGGUGGGGUGGGGUGGGCUGGACUGGGCCAGGCCGGGGGGCUGGCGCGGAGGUAAACAGACGGGCCCUCUUCGCUCUACGUGCCCCAGCAUUAGAGGGCGAAGUGACCAAACUCUUUGCGAGCGUUUACUGCGUACCUACUACGUGCAAGCCCUUUAUCCAUUAUUAUGCGCAUCCUGAAGCUUCAAGCACGAGGCAAAGACCACUUCAAAGGUAACAUAGUGGCUUGAAAUUAAGUGGUUGGGAUGGAGUUUGAAUGUUUUAUAUUUUUUAUAUUUAAAACAAUACCAUCUGAAUACCAGGUGUGGAGGGCACAGUGAGUAGACAAAACCAAGAGAAAGGGGAAGGUUGUCCUAACCACAGGAUUUCUUAUUUCUGGAUGCAGCCUUUCUGCAACAAGAGCUCCUUCCCUGUGACCAUUGUACAUCCCUGCAGCCCCUGCUCUAGGCUCCCCUGAGAUUCCUAAGACAUCUUUUCCUCCCCCAUCCAUCAAUGUUUGAUCACUAGGAGGAGGGGUAGAGGAUAAGUACUGUGCCUUCGCUCAAGGAGGUUAUAAUGUGUCAGCUCUUAACUUCCGUCAAAGACCACCAAAAUAACCUGUUGAUCAAGCAAAGACAAAUGUAUUCCUUACAGGAGGUAAGAGAAACCACUGUGUUGACAGAGUCUUAGUAGCAUCUCAAAGAGGGAGGUCAAGAGUGGGAUGGUUUCAGAGGGUCAGGAUUAAUUUAAGACAGGUCUUUCAAUGAAAGCAUGAUUGAGAUGGGACUAAAUUUGUUAUAUAAUCUUUUAGGAUUAGUAGACACAAGGAGGGAGAGAGUUUUGAAGCAAACCUAGAAAAGUCAACAAUGGUUUGAUAAACGCAAGAGUAAUUUUGUUGAGAAGGGGCUGUUUACCCUGAUGAAGGCUAGGUCGGUUGUAGUCUGUUGUUCAGUCAAAUGGACUUUGAGGAAGUUCUUGAAACUGCAGUAAAGUUACUUGCAACUUCAUUUUUUCAGACAAGAAUUUCUUGGGAUUGAAGUCAUGUUUAUGCAGAUGUUAGGGUUGUAAAGUCAUGUUGAGGUAGUCGGUUUUAGUUCUUAAUCCUAUUGUGCGGCUGUAAGUAGUCUUAAGUUCUCAGUUUUUCAAACUGCCAUACACAGUGAAAUCAUUUUGGUGGAUUAUGAUCUGCAUUUUUUUCUUAAUGAAAUAGAGAAAAUAAAACCAAACUAGAGACCAUAGUCUAUAACAAAGGGUAAACACUUUUGUGAAACUUUUGUUUUGGUUAUGUAUCAUAUUCCAACAAAUCUAAAAUGUCAUCAAUUAUGACAGACCGUUAUUUUAUGUACUAUGAAGAAAGCGAAAACUAUCAAAAUAAUGAUACCCUAUUGCUACAUC